UGGUGGUGGGACAGAGUCCACAGUGUCCUUGUGUCCUGUGACUUCCUCGCCAGACCCUGGAAAUCAGCGUCGCAAAAUAAACACCGCCGGUCCGCUAAUCGCCAGCUCGGAAACAAAACAGCGCUGCGCUCGGGGAUCUGGGCAAAACCAGCCCUCCCUCUUCCUUCGCCACCGCCCUCCCUUCCUCGCGCCGCUCACUCGCUCGGCUCAGCUCAGCGCAGCACAGCCGCCAAACCGAGGCAGGCACCGUCUCCCCGCUCUCAGCUCCCGCUUCCCGCCUGCCCGGGCUCCGGCAGGUCUCGCUUCCGCGGGGACCCCUUCGGGCAGGAGUCGCGUGCUGAGAGGGCCGGCAGCAGCGGCACAAAGUUGGGAGCCCGCGAGGAUGAGGCUGUCCCCGGCGACCCUGAGGCUGAGCAGGAGUCCAGCUCUGCUGGCCCUGGCGCUGCCCCUGGCCGCGGCGCUGGCCUUCUCCGACGAGACCCUGGACAAAGUGCCCAAGUCAGAGGGCUACUGCAGCCGCAUCCUGCGGGCUCAAGGCACGCGGCGCGAGGGCUACACCGAGUUCAGCCUCCGAGUGGAGGGAGACCCGGACUUCUACAAGCCCGGAAACAGCUACCGCGUGACACUUUCGGCUGCUCCUCCCUCCUACUUCAGAGGAUUCAUAUUAAUUGCCCUCAAAGAAAACAGAGAGGGUGAUAAGGAAGAAGACCAUGCUGGGACCUUUCAGAUCAUAGAUGAAGAAGAAACACAGUUUAUGAGUAACUGCCCUGUCGCGGUCACAGAAAGCACCCCUCGGAGGAGGACGCGCAUCCAAGUGUUCUGGAUAGCACCGCCAGCAGGAUCGGGCUGUGUCAUUCUAAAGGCCAGCAUCGUACAGAAACGCAUCAUUUAUUUUCAGGAUGAGGGCUCUCUGACCAAGAAACUUUGUGAACAAGAUUCCACAUUUGACGGGGUGACUGACAAACCAAUCUUAGACUGCUGCGCCUGUGGAACUGCCAAGUACAGACUCACAUUUUAUGGGAAUUGGUCUGAGAAGACGCACCCAAAGGAUUAUCCUCGUCGGGCCAAUCACUGGUCUGCAAUCAUUGGUGGAUCCCACUCUAAGAAUUAUGUGCUGUGGGAGUAUGGAGGAUAUGCAAGUGAAGGUGUCAAACAAGUUGCAGAAUUGGGCUCACCAGUAAAAAUGGAGGAAGAAAUUCGACAACAGAGUGAUGAGGUCCUCACCGUAAUCAAAGCCAAAGCUCAGUGGCCAGCCUGGCAGCCUCUCAACGUGAGAGCAGCACCCUCGGCUGAGUUUUCCGUGGACCGGACACGCCACUUAAUGUCCUUCCUGACCAUGAUGGGCCCGAGCCCCGACUGGAACGUGGGCUUGUCUGCGGAGGACCUGUGCACCAAGGAGUGCGGCUGGGUGCAGAAGGUGGUGCAGGACCUGAUUCCCUGGGACGCCGGCACUGACAGCGGGGUGACCUAUGAGUCGCCCAACAAGCCCACAAUUCCCCAGGAGAAAAUCCGGCCCCUGACCAGCCUGGACCAUCCUCAGAGUCCUUUUUACGACCCCGAGGGCGGGUCCAUCACGCAAGUAGCCAGGGUCGUCAUCGAGAGAAUUGCCCGGAAGGGGGAACAAUGCAAUAUUAUACCUGACAACGUGGAUGACAUUGUAGCGGACCUGGCUCCGGAAGAGAAGGAUGAAGAUGACACCCCUGAAACCUGCAUCUACUCCAACUGGUCGCCGUGGUCCGCCUGCAGCUCCUCCACCUGCGACAAAGGCAAGAGGAUGCGGCAGCGCAUGCUGAAGGCGCAGCUGGACCUCAGCGUCCCCUGCCCCGACACCCAGGACUUCCAGCCCUGCAUGGGCCCCGGCUGCAGCGACGAAGAUGGUUCCACCUGCACCAUGUCCGAGUGGAUCACCUGGUCGCCCUGCAGCAUCUCCUGCGGCUUGGGCAUGCGGUCCCGGGAGAGGUACGUGAAGCAGUUCCCAGAGGAUGGUUCCGUGUGCACGCUGCCCACCGAAGAGACGGAGAAGUGCACCGUCAACGAGGAGUGCUCUUCCAGCAGCUGCCUGGUGACCGAGUGGGGCGAGUGGGACGAGUGCAGCGCCACCUGCGGGAUGGGCAUGAAGAAGCGGCACCGCAUGGUCAAGAUGAGCCCAGCGGACGGCUCCAUGUGCAAGGCUGAGACUUCCCAAGCAGAGAAGUGCAUGAUGCCUGAGUGUCACACCAUCCCAUGCUUGCUGUCCCCGUGGUCCGAGUGGAGCGACUGCAGCGUGACCUGUGGGAAGGGCAUGCGGACCCGCCAGCGGAUGCUCAAGUCUCUGGCCGAGCUCGGGGACUGCAACGAGGAGCUGGAGCAGGUGGAAAAGUGCAUGCUGCCCGAAUGCCCCAUUGACUGUGAGCUCACCGAGUGGUCCCAGUGGUCCGAAUGUAACAAGUCGUGUGGGAAAGGCCAUGUGAUUCGAACCCGGAUGAUCCAAAUGGAGCCUCAGUUCGGAGGCGCACCCUGCCCAGAGACUGUGCAGCGAAAAAAGUGCCGUGUCCGGAAAUGCCGAAACCCAUCCAUCCAGAAGCUGCGCUGGAGAGAGGCCCGCGAGAGCCGGAGGAGUGAGCAGCUGAGGGAAGAGUCUGAUGGGGAGCAUUUCCCAGGCUGUAGGAUGCGCCCGUGGACCACCUGGUCAGAGUGCACCAAGCUGUGCGGAGGCGGGAUUCAGGAACGCUACAUGACUGUAAAGAAGAGGUUCAAAAGCUCCCAGUUCACCAGCUGCAAAGACAAGAAGGAGAUCAGGGCCUGCAACGUUCACCCUUGUUAGCGAGGGUCCGAGCGUCCAGGGCUGCGCUCCAGACUCCAGAGUCACCAGUGGCCGGGUCGUUCGUUUGCUUGUUUGUUUAAGGCAAUGUAAAUCGUGUGCACUAGUUUUCAUUUCUGCAGUGUCAUUUGCCCAGUAGUCUUGUGGACGCCAGGGACGUCCUUUCUGUACACUUCUCGGGAGGCACAGGCCCAGUCGGGCUCCCUCAUCUUCAGCCAGCACCGCUCGAGCACAGGCGCGGGGAGUGUCAGCCACCCUGUACCAAACGGAAACGGGUCCCUCGGGAGCACCCACUGGGGUGCCGGACAGAGACCCUGGUCUCCAUGCGGGACAACUGUGUCUGGAAGCGACUCCACGCCCCAUUCCCGGGGCACAGCAGGAAACACGCCCCCUCACACAGAGAGAGCAGAUGCCCUCAUUCUCAUCUUUUCUCACUUAGUGGAGCUUAGGUCUCUUGUUGAGUCUCUUCAGUCAUCAGCAGAUCUUGGGAAGACAGAGCUGGUAAAAACAGCUGGCAGACGUGAAGAGGAGCACUGGUGCGGGGUGGCUUGCUUCUCUCGCUGAGAAAGUCUGAGCACGUUCAUCUCACCUCCUGGUACUGCUUCCCGACACCCCAAAGGAAGUGAUGGCUGCUUUAUUUGAAUGUAAGGUUGCCAGUUCUUACACCUGAUACAAAGGGUGACUAAGUCUAGAAUUUUUCCCUUGUUGGGGGGGGGGGCGGGUAUUGUAUUUUUUGCCACAAUCUUCCUAGGAAGCCAGCCUAGUGAAGUUUCCAAUACUAGAUCCUUAGGAGACCGUAGUCCUCGCUAGCAGUCCCAAACCUGAGUUUUUAAAAUCUUCCAACACACAUUAGACUUUUACAUUUUCAAACCAGUUCUAACAUUUUUUUAAAAAACGUAUGCAAACAUUUUGCUGAGCCUCCCCACAGCCCACCAAGACAUUCCUUGAACAAAAAUACUCUCUCUGUACUUUAAAGGUGUUUUUUUUUAGUCAUGAAAUUUUAUAUGUAGAAAGAGCUUUGCUUUCUUCUGUGGAAAGGUGUUGGAAAGCCCUUUGGAAGAAAGGUAGAAAUCUAGAGAAAAGAGUACGACACAACCAAGCUGGGCAAGAAAACCUGGUGGGAAGUCGAACCUAGGCCAGCUCUGCACCGAGGGCUCUGGUCCUCAGCGCGCCCGAGGAAAGGCCGGUUUCCGGCCUCUCCCCAGCACUCACUCGCACACUGAAUGCAGGGAGACUGACUACCAAGGAUUAGUGUAAAAGGACACUCGACUGAGUUGAGUUCAUCGGCAGUUUUUACUCGUUCAUUUAUUGUUAAAAUUAGUGUUUCAUUUCUGUUGCAGGUCUUUUUCAUUAUGCUUAAUCCAAAUGUGUAUCGUGGAUAAGAUGCAUACAAUGCUUUGAAUACACUAUUUUAAGAACUUGCAUUAAACACAUCAGGAUACUCCCAAACAUAUAUAUAUAUAUAUACACGCUAUAGCCCUGAAUCUGUAUUAUUUUCUCUAACACGAGAGAGACUGUUCAAUAAAAACCUCAUUUGGGUCUGUCCUUUGUGUUUUUACACUAAUUAAGAGUUCAGAAGGCUGGGUCUGUUUACAGCUGUUAUCCACCUCAAUCACAUUCAGCUAAAGACACGGUUUUUGCUCCCUCAUUCUGGAAGGGCCAUUGCUACCACACCUCCAAGUUUCCAGAGCCGUGUUUCCGACGUCGUUGUUGUAGCCCUUAAAUGAACUGCUUUCUCCCCCCACAAAGGAACAUGAUGUAAAGAAAUAAGGAGUCAAUACAGAAUCUGCCCACUUCCGCAACAUUCCUCUUAACUAUCAAGAGGCAGACUAUCAACCCAUGAAAAUCCAAGUUCCUUAAUUAAGACGGUGGUUCCUAAGUAACUCCAAGCACAAGCUCCCGCACCCACCCCCGUCUCGUGUUUUUUUUUUUUGGUCCCUAUUGGGUGCAUUUUUAAUCCUAAUUCUGGAGAGUUAAAACCAGGUAACUGGCUAGCGGCUGAGCAUGGGGAACGUCUUUCUUAUUACAUAAGUGUUACCUCUUUUGCUUACGAGGGGAGGAAGUUUAUAACAAACGUCAAAUCUCUUUUUUACCAAAGUCCUGUGUUAGGUGAUUUAUAGUUUUUCUGGCUAACUAGUCAUUUUGGAAAUAAAGACUUUUUACUACAAAAAUGAAA